UUUCAGCUUCCAACAAAGGAUUUCAUUGCUUCAGGAAUUGAGGUGUGUCUAAGUUUUUACCUGGGAGCAAAAGUGAUGCAAGCGUUUCUGGUGAGACCAAUCCUUGGUUUAGGGCGGGGAGGCUCUGCAUAACAGGCCAUCUGCAGACUCCUGAAGACAGGAGAGACGCUGAGAAAGGGCUUUCCUGAGACAUCGUAUGCCGACGGUUGGAAGGACUAAAUCGGCAGCUCCCUUCGUUCACCAGGGAAAUCAGAAACCAUGGCUUGGCUCCCUUUCAGAACCACAGGGGCUCUGGCCAUUUUAAUGGUGGUUCUUUUGGUUCAUGGAGAAUUGAGAAUACAGACAAAAGGACAAUAUGAAGAAUAUGAGACAGCAAUACAACAAGGCAAAAGGAGAUACAAACGUGAGUGGGUGAAAUUCGCAAGACCCUGCAGAGAAGGAGAAGACAACUCGUACAGAAAUCCAAUUGCCAAAAUUACUUCAGACUGCGAAGCAACCCAGAAAAUUACCUACCGCAUCUCUGGAAUAGGAAUUGAUCAGCCCCCCUUUGGAAUCUUUGUCAUUAACAAAAACACUGGAGAAAUUAACAUAACGGCCAUAGUUGAUCGAGAAGUAACCCCAAGCUUCCAGAUUACAUGUCGUGCUUUCAAUGCCCUAGGACAAGAGGUAGAAAAACCACUUAUACUAACGGUCAAAAUUUUAGAUAUAAAUGACAAUGCUCCAGUAUUUUCACAAAGCAUAUUCCAGGGUGAAAUUGAAGAAAAUAGUGCUUCAAACUCACUGGUGAUGAUCCUAAAUGCCACAGAUGCAGAUGAACCAAACCACUUGAACUCUAAAAUUGCCUUCAAAAUCAUCUCUCAGGAACCUGCAGGCACACCCAUGUUCCUCCUAAGCAGACACACAGGGGAAGUCCGCACUUUGACCAAUUCACUCGAUCGAGAGCAAGUUAGCAGCUAUCGCCUGGUUGUGAGUGGCGCAGACAAAGAUGGAGAAGGACUAUCAGCUCAGUGUGAAUGUAGCAUUAAAGUGAAAGAUGUCAAUGACAAUUUCCCAACAUUCAGAGAAUCACAGUAUUUAGCACGUAUUGAAGAAAACACUUUAAGUUCUGAGUUGCUUCGAUUUCAAGUAAUAGAUUUGGAUGAAGAGUUCACUGAUAAUUGGCUUGCAGAGUUCUUCUUUACCUCUGGAAAUGAAGGGAAUUGGUUUGAAAUACAAACUGAUCCCAGAACUAACGAAGGUAUCCUGAAAGUAGUUAAGUCUCUAGAUUAUGAACAAGUACAAAGCAUGCAACUUGGUAUCGCCGUCAAAAACAAAGCUGAAUUUCACCAAUCCGUAAUCUCUCAAUAUCGAGUCCAGUCAACCCCACUCAUAGUUCAAGUAAUAAAUGUGAGGGAAGGAAUUACAUUCCGUCCUUCUUCCAAGACAUUUACUGUCCAAAAAGGCAUAAGAAGAAACCAGUUGAUCAAUUACAUCUUGGGAACCUAUCAAGCCAUUGAUGAAGACACUGGCGAAGCUGCUUUAUCUGUCAGGUAUGUCUUGGGACGUAAUGAUGGUGGUUUGCUAAUGAUUGACUCGAAAACUGCUGAAAUCAAAUUUGUCAAAAACAUUGAACGAGAUGUUACUUUCAUAAUUAACAAGACAAUCACAGCUGAGGUUCUGGCCAUAGAUGAAAACACCGGUAAAACUUCUACAGGCACCAUAUAUGUCCAAGUACCUGAUUUUCAUGAAAAUUGCCCAACCAUUGCCCUGGACAAGGAAGAAGUCUGCAGUUCGUCACCUUCCGUGGUUGUCAGAGCUUUACCACUGGAAAAGGAUAAAUAUGCUGGCCCCUAUCAAUUUUCGGUGGAAGAGCAAAGUGUAAAACUUCCAGUUGCGUGGAGUAUCGCAGGAACAGAUGCCACGUCCGCGCGCCUCACAGCCCCGCAGCCAGUCUCUCCCGGAGUGUACAGAAUCUCCGUCGUGGUCACCGACAGUGAGGGCCGGCGGUGCGAGGCACCAGAGAGCUUGACCCUGGAAGUCUGUCAGUGUGACUACAGGGACGUCUGCCGAAGUGUGUAUCCGACCAACGCCCCUGGCACCAGAAUUGUAGAGCAGUCUGGGAGGAUGGGGGCUGCCGCCAUCGGCCUGCUGUUCCUCGGGCUUCUGCUGCUUCUGUUGGCCCUCCUCCUGCUUCUGACCUGUGACUGUGGGGCAGGUCCUAUUGGGGGAGUGACCGGUGGAUUUGUCCCAGUGCCGGAUGGUUCAGAAGGAACAAUUCACCCGUGGGGAAUCGAAGGUGCCCAACCUGAAGACAAGGAAAUCACAAAUAUCUGUGUGCCACCUAUAACUGCCAAUGGAGUUGAUUUCAUGGAAAAUUCUGAAGUCUGUACGAAUACAUAUGCUGGAGGGACGGUGGUAGAAGGAGCUUCGGGAAUGGAACUGACCACCAGGCUUGGAGCAGCUGCAGGAUCUGGGGGAGCCGCGGGGUUCGCAGCAACCACUGGUCUGAGCAACUUUUCCAUGGGGCAGUCUGGGACGAUGAGAACAAGGCAUUCCACGGGAGGAACCAACAAGGACUUUGGGGAAGGGGCAAUAAACAUGAAAUUCCUGGACUCCUACUUUUCUCAGAAAGCAUUUGCCUGUGCAGAUGAAGACGAUGGCCAGGAAGCAAAUGACUGCUUGCUGAUCUAUGAUAAUGAAGGAAUCGAUGCCCCCAGUUCUCCCGUUGGCUCCCUGGGUUGUUGCAGUUUUAUUGCCGACGAUUUUGACGAGAGCUUCUUGGACUCACUUGGCCCCAAAUUUAAAAAGCUGGCCGAGAUAAGCCUCGGGAUGGAUGAUGAAACCAAAAGCUCUCAGCUGCAUACCAAAGACAGCAGUUCUAGGGUUGACGCCUGUGGCCAACACGUUCAAGUCCAGCAGUCAGAGUCUGUUAGGUACCAGACUUUGUCAGGCAGCCAGGGAGCAUCUGCGCUGUCUGCUUCCAGCUCUGUCCUUCAGCCCGCCGUUCCCAUCGCUGACCCUUUGCAGCAUGGUAGCUAUCUGGUAACGGAGACUUACUCAGCUUCUUCUGGUUCCCUUGUGCAACCUCCCGCUGCUGUUUUUGAUCCACUUCUCACGCAAAAUGUGAUAGUGACGGAAAGAGUGAUUUGUCCGAUUCCUAGUAUUACUGGCAACCUACAUGGUCCUACAGAGCUACGAGGAUCAGGCAGUAAGAUCUUUACAGAAGAUCCUUGUUCCCGUCUGAUAUAAGCAGAGUGAACUGGAAUUACAUACUGGCCAAAUACGGAUACUUUAACCAAAUUAUUCAAAAUAGCACAGCAAAUCUCACAGUAUUGGUCUGAUUUGGCACUUAUUUGCUACUCUUACAUAAACUGGUCAUGAUUACAGUCUGAAUUGUCUAGUUUAUGUCCCCACACUGGAUGUGUGGUCACUUUUACUUCUCAAAUUCAAGUCCUAGUAGAUCUUAAAUGUUUUCCAAAAUAUCUUAAGAUCAUAUUCAGUGGGAAAAUUUCCUAAUAAUUUUUAAACUUCAAAUGCAGUGUGUUUUAGUGGAUUAAGGACUUGGAGUCAAGACCCCCAGUUCUUGAAUUUUUCACCUUUGCUUACAUCAUUAGUAAUGAUGUAAGAAUCAUAAAGUCUUUGCUAAAGCAUUUUGAGCUGCUUGGGAAAAAGAAAAUAGUUGCAUUUAAACUUCUGCCAUCUUCUUGGUGUUGGGAGACCCUAGGGACAUCUUUUGCUCAAGCUAAGGGUACUGGUUUACACAUUAAACUUGCUGCAUCUAUAUUCCUCAUACUCUCACAAUAAGACAGUUUUGAAAUAGAAGUAUCAUAGGAAAUUUAGGAAAGUUCAGUAUGGUGUAAAUAUUUUUGUGUUUUUUUAAAUCACCUUGAAAGGAUCUACCUAAAGAAAAUAUUUUACAUUAAGCCCCUCCCUACACUUCUCAAUAACAGCAAUCCUGUGUUAAUAGUCUUUGAAAAUUACUCUUUAUUUUUUAAAUGUUAGGAGGUAGAUGUAACUUACAUAUGACGUGUAGUGAUAUUUAUCAUGUUAACAAUGUCUACAGACUUCCUAGGAAUACAAAAUACGGCUUGUCUCACAAGCAAAAGAGGCCUCUGACUAGAGUAACACAUAGUGAAAUUUGUGAAUGUGUAUUAUAUGCUGUGUUUCAGGUCAAAAAGGGAUAUAGAAAGAGAUUAUGAGUAACUUAAUUUUAUUAAGCCUCACUCCUUUUAAAUGAAGCUGCUAUCACAAUUUAAUCCUUGAGUAAAACCAUGUUAGGUUAGUGAUGGCUUAGAAUAUGUCAUUUCACGUGUGUUACCCUGAUGACAAUGUAGUUCUUCAAAUCAUUUCUGAUAAUUCAAGGUCCUCAUCCUUUAGCCCAUAGACAUCACCCUACCUCUCAUUAACAUUAUUGUCUUAGCCGAGUCUCUACAAGGUCAUUGUUUGGCUCUGUUAUCUCUAAUUGUAUAUAAAAUACUCUUUUCUGGUUUUUGCCAUAUUCAAAUCUAUAUUUGUUUUCAGAUGAAAGACAAAGUAUAAAGUGUUUGUGUUUUAACCCAGAAGGGGGCACUCCUGAGGAUUCCUGGUGGGGAAGAGACCCCUAAAAUGACCUUACAUUUAGAAUUCUUCCCUCUCCCUGGUGUCCUGACUACCAGGAAGCCCAAGAAGCACAGGCAAUCUCUUCCUCCAAGACAAGGUUGCUCUAGCAACAAGGUCUGCAGGGUGCCCUCUUGAGGCGAGAGGAACUAGACCCUUUGGAGCAGCCUUGCAGUUCCUGAGGAAGCUGCCUGGCUAUUACCUCUGGGGCCUAUUCUCAACAGAAGCUUGCUCUGAGGUCUAGAACACAGAGUUGACUUGUGACUCUGUUUAUGCGUGAGAAUUAAACUAAUAAUCAGAAUAACCCUUGUUCCAAGUUCAGAAGUGUUUUCAGGAUCCUCAAGGUAUUCUAAUAUUUCCUCUUAAAAUCCAACUCAUGAAAUGGGAAUUUUGCUGCACUGCCAAACUGCAGAGGAAACUAUGCCACAGUAGUAAAGUCAAAUAAGGGGGAAAGUGAAAUUAAAGCAGUUUUGAAAGAAAAGUAGAUCACUCUUAUCUAAGAGGACCUGUAAUUUUAAUCUGCCAUGUAAAAUUAAA